CGAACUUUGGACCAAUCAUAAAACUCCAGUUACACACGAGAACCGCAGAAGUCAUAAUGGCUGGACCCCCAGUUAUCAUAUGGAGGAAUGAGGUGGAGCAGCUGUUGCAGUACAGAGAGCUGACCCCCCGUCUGGAGGAAGCUUUGGGGAAAUUCUCCAGGCGGGACAGCGCGGAGGUGAUCCAGCCUGUGCGCACCACAGUGCCCCUUCAGAAACACAGCGGCUUCCUGGGAGUGAUGCCUACAUACAUGGAGAACGACGGAGUCCUGUGCACAAAGUUUGUGUGUUUCUACAAGAGGGAGGAAGGUUCAACUUUGCCAGCCACGAAAGCCACAGUGAUGCUGCUGGAUCCAGAGUAUGGGAACGUCAAGGCUGUCAUGGAUGGAGAAGUCAUCACAGGCAUGAGGACAGCUGCAGUCUCGGCCAUCUCUGCUAAGCUGCUGAUGCGUCCUGAAGCAGAGGUGCUGACCAUCUUGGGAAGUGGCCUACAGGCUCUGAGUCAUUACAAUGUCUUCACAGAAAUGUUUUCAUUCAAAGAGAUACGCGUGUGGAGCCGCACAAGACAGAGUGCGGAGGGGUUUUGCCGUUCUGUCAGCGGUCCGGUGACGGUAUGUGCCUCAGUGGAGGAGGCCGUGAGGGGAGCGGACGCCAUAGUGACAGUAACCAGAUGUACAGAGCCAGUACUCUUUGGUCAGUGGGUCAAACCAGGAGCCCAUGUGGCAGCGGUGGGAGCCUGCAGGCCAAACUGGCGGGAGCUGGACGACGUGUUGAUGAAGGAGGCGGUGGUGUACACUGACAGCAGAGAGGGAGCAAUGGCCGAGUCCGGUGACAUCAUCCUCUCUGGGGCGGAGGUGUUUGCAGAGCUUGGAGAUGUUAUUAACGGGGUAAAACCUGCCCACAGAGACAAGACAACCGUGUUCAAAUCCCUUGGAAUGGGAGUUGAAGAUGCAGUGUCAGCUCAGCUGGUAUUUGACCAAUGGAAAGCCAAAGCCAGCCUACCAUGAAGAGGCCAUGUAUUUCAACCUGACCUGUACUGUACACAAGCUAAUCAAGAUCAAGGCAAUAGAAGAAAGGACAGAAAAUGAUAUGAAAUAUAUGAAAAUGAUGAAAUGGAUUUUACUUUAUUUUAUCCACCCUAAUAAAAUUAACCCCCUGCUCUAUAACCUGAUAAACCUGCCAAAAUGUCCAAAGGCAAUCUUGCCUUAGAGCUGUAUAUUUAAUGUUGAUUAAUUGCAUAGUCAAUCAACAGAAAAUAAUCGUUUUGUUUAAGUAAUUUAACAAAGUUAACAGCGAUUACAGAAGUGCUAGCAACUCUGUGAGGCUGUACUUAGGCACGGCAAAGCUUUGAGCUAAAUGCUUAUGUUAUGUUGACCAUGUUCACCACUGUAGUGUGUUUGCAUGCUAACAUUCCCUAAUGAGCACCAAACACAACUUACAUGGGAAUGUCUCACGUUUUUUGGUUUUUGUCAUUAAAAGUGUUUUUCAAAUCCU